CUUCGCUCUUAUGCCAGCUGCCAGCCAGGAGUAAUCACCAUGACAACCUAUAAUAAUAGAUCAAACACGGUUAAAUAAGAAACAACCAGUUUUUUAACCUACCGUCAGUAAUCACCAUAUUUCUGUCAAUAAUAUUUAAAGCGAAAUUAGUCAUAAUGACAUCUAGCUUACCAAUUCUUGUUCCGCGACUUAUUGGAGGAUUGGAGACUAAUGUGAAGGGAAAUAUACAUUUCCUUUCGGACGAUGAAGUUGUGUACCCUGUCGGAUCAGUAGUAGCUAUCCACAACUACCAUGAGAAGAAGCAGAAGUUCAUUAAAUUAAGUGAGAAGGGUAAGAACUUAACUCACGUUGCUGUAAGUCCUGACAAAAAACUAAUAGCUGUAGUCGAAACAACAGAUAAAUAUCCCAUUGUAACCCUCUGGUGUUCGGAAACGUAUAAGAAGAAGCGAACUCUGACUUUACCCACUGAUAAGGAUAUUAUUGCGAAUCGCUAUGUGGCUGUUGAUUUUACCUACAAUUCAAAGAACAUCAUAGUGGUUACAGGAGAACCAGAUUGGAGCUUGUAUUGUUUUAAAUGCGACAAAGGCCGAUUGGAAAGUUUUGCCAGGGCCAAUAAUUCCAAUAAUACAGGAACGGUUUCACAGCUCGCUUGUAAUCCGAACGAUGCAAACCAGCUGGCAGUAAUCGGAGAAACAGUCCUGCGAUGUCUGGGAUGUACCGACUACACGUGGAGACAAUUUGGCUACAACAAAUUUGAUCCGGUCACCUACACCAGUUGCUGUUGGCUGUCCCAAGACAGACUCAUGGUCGGUAGUAGCAAAGGGAAAAUUUUGAUAUUGGAAGUUGGAGAAGUGAGGGCCAUUUUCCAUGCCAUGGAUUUGCCAAUAAUAAACAUGAAACUUAAAGAAGAGUGA